AUGGACAGCGGUGCCGCCGCCUCGCCUUCGCCCAUGUCGCGGAUGGGCUCACCGGUGUUGUCCAGCGAGUCGGCUGUGGUCAUCAUCGCUGAGCGAAUGGCCGCAGGGCUCCACUGGGGGUGUGUCACUUUGAGGAGGGCGGCGAUCCCGGCGGCGUGA